UAGUGACAGUGACCAAGAUGGCUGACAGAGCGGCUUUGUCCUCCUUAAGAAGUUUCAAACUAAUAUUCUAACGGUAAUGCAGAUUUUUAAAUAUUCCUCUUUUCUAAAGCCCACGAAACGGAAGUUGACUUUGGAGCGAUGGAGUGAAGUGAAGUGAAGAUUGAAGACUUGAUAGAACAUGGACGACUCUGCUAAGAUGGCGACGUUGAGGAAAAGAGGACAUGAGAGAGAAUCAGCAACGGAGAAAAAGAGCACAACUUCAAAUGAAGAUGAACGAGUUGAAGUUUCCAACAGCGUCAAUUUGGAGGCUGGCGGAAGGCCCGAAAAGAACGUUGAUGAUAAAUUAGCUGACUUUGUUGAACAAUGCAAACAAAGAACGGCCAUGAUUGUUAGCCUGAAGAAGAAGAAAGAAGAGAGUAAGAGAUGUGCAGUGUGUGAAGAGAAGACUGGACCACAUGUCUACAUCAACCUGCAGAGGAUUGGAGACGUCCAGCAGCUGAUUGGUCAUCCAGAGGAACUUCCCUCUCAGUCGGUAGAGGGAAGCUCCACUUCGAAGCAGGAGACUCCACAGCCACCCCACUUAAAAAAGGAAGAGGAGGAACUCCGCAUCACUCAGGAGGGAGAGUGUCUUGUAGGGUCAAAAGAAGCUGAUCUCACCAAGUUGCCACCGACUGUUGUCUCUAUGAAGACUGAAGACGAUGAAGAGAAACCACAACUAGACACACUUGCAUCUCCACUACCAGAUAGUGAGGCUGAAGACGAGGUUGAAGUAACUUUGAGCAGCGAUACAGACUGUGAAGGUGAUGUGAGGACUCACACUGACAACAAACACUCUGAAUGCCUCAAAAAGAGGAGAGGUCAAAAACUUUUGAGCUGCUCAGUUUGCGCGAAAGGUUUUACCGCAAAAAGCCAUUUGAUUCAGCACAUGAGAACACACACAGGAGAAAAGCCGUUUAUUUGUUCAGUUUGUGGUCAAAGGUUUGCCAGAAAGAGCAAUUUGACUGAACACAUGAGAACACACACAGGAGAAAAACCAUUUAUUUGUUCAGUUUGUGGCCAAAGGUUUGCCAAAAAUAGCCAUUUGACUCAACACAUGAUAACGCAUAGUGGAGUAAAAACGUUUAGUUUUAGUUGUUCAGUUUGUGGUAAAAGCUUUUCUCAAAACAGGUAUUUGACUGAACACAUGAAAACGCACACAGAAGAAAAAACAUUUAAUUGCUCAGUUUGUGAUAAAAGCUUUUCUCGAAAGAGUGGUUUGACCCAACACAUGAGAACACACACAGAAGAAAAAUUUUGUUGCUCUCUUUGUGGUAAAAGGUUUUUUUUCAGACAAAGUUUGACUCAACACAUAAUGAAACACACAGGGGAAAAACCAUUUAAUUGUUCAGUUUGCAGUAAAAGCUUUCCUAAAAAGUAUGACUUGACUCAACACAUGAGAACACACACCGGAGAAAAACCAUUUGAUUGUUCAGAGUGUGGUAAAAGCUUUUCUCAAAAGAGUGGUUUGACCCAACACGUGAGAACCCACACAGGAGAAAAACCCUUUAUUUGUUCAGUUUGUGGUAAAAGUUUUCAUCAAAAAGUCAACAUGACUGAACACAUGAGAACACACACAGGAGAAAAACCAUUUGAUUGCUCAGUUUGCGGUAAAAGUUUUCCUCAUAAGAGCAAUUUGAUUCAACACAGAAUAACACACACGGGAGAAAAACCAUUUAAAUGUUCAGUAUGUAGUAGAGGUUUUCCUCACAAGAGAAAUUUGAUUCCACACAUGAGAACACACACAGGAGAAAAACCAUUUAAUUGUUCAGUGUGCGAUAAAAGCUUUUCUCAGAAGAACAGUUUGGCUGAUCACAUGAGAACACACACAGGAGAAAAACCCUUUACUUGUUCAGUUUGCGAUAAAAGCUUUCAUACCAGACAAGGUUUGACCCAGCACAUAAGGUCACACACGGGAGAAUAACCAAAUUGCUGUUAAGUUUGUGGUGACUAGCUGGGGAGGAACCGUCGUCUCCUUCAGUGACGUUUUUUCCGCCUUCAGAAUGCCUGAUCUUGAACACCAACAACACGACUCGAUCUGCCUGGAACUACACUUUGUUGCAUGCUGUUCAUGUUUUGUGUCUGCAGACCACCAUCAGAUGAUGACUCAUUGUAAUAUCUGAGCAUAUUGACUCUAUCCAAGAUUUCCACCUAAAGUCUGAAAUGAUUCUUCUUGGGGAUCAGAAUGGCCAUCAUGGAGACUGGCUGGGAAGUAACAAGACAGGACACUCAUGGGAAUUGAGCACAUGAGUUAGUUAUACUCGGCAGCCUCCGCCAACUCGUUGAUGAUUCUACAAGGAUUGGGAAGGAUGGAAUUUGCUCCAACGUACUACUUCACCAGACAAUCAUGUUGUCACUGUUUGUGCUACUCUUGUCUCCUCUGACCACUGUGUGGUAUCCACUGUGGUCUUACUUCUGGAACUUUACUUCCAGCAAUAGCGUAAAGUUUGGAACAACGGCAAAGCAGAUUGUGAUGGAAUGCGUUCAAACUUGGCUGAUGUUAAGCAGAACUCUCUCUCAAAAGAACAAGGAGCCAAUACAGCGUGGGCCUAUAUUAGUGGCAGCGUUAAGCAUGCCAUGGACCUAUUCAUACCCUCUAAAACAACAAGUAUAGUUACUCUGACACACCAUGUGUUAAUGACGAAUGCCAUAAAACAGUGGUUGUUAACCUUGUUGGAGGUACCGAACCCCAGCAGUUUCAUGUGCGCAUUCACCGAG